ACCCAGUGAAGUGAGUACUGUCGAUGGAGGUAAGCUAAUUCGGACAAGAAAGGAACACGUAGAAGACAAUGAUACCAACGGGGUUGAGGUCUCGAAAAAUGGUUCGAAUUUAAAUCCCGUGAUCGAGGAUGCACUUAUGGAGGAUAAGGAAACCCAAACUCAUGUUAAUGAUAAUCAUUCUAAGAAGAGGAAAAAGAAGAAAAGGUGCAAGGAUGAGGGAGAGCAGGAUGGUACGAAGAUGGAACCACCAGCCCCCUGAAAAGGAGCAAUCUGUUGACUUGAAUGGCAAGAAUACUAAUGACCAGGAAAUUCAGCUGUCGAAUGGAAUUAUGAUUGAAGAGUUAGAAAAGGGAAAACCAAAUGGGAAAAUAGCUUCUCUUGGUAAAAAGGUCCGCGUCCAUUACACCGUAAAGUUGAAGGACAGUGGGGAAGUAAUUGAUUCAAGUGCUGACAAAGGUCACUUAACGUUCCGACUAGUUGAGGGACAAGCUCAAGAGACAUGGAAGGUUGGCAUUGAUGGCAUGCAAGUUGGUGGCAAACGUAGACUCACAGUUCCACCAUGGGUGAGUACAAAGGAAGGAAGAGGUGAGAAUAUUCCACCAAACUCGUGGCUGGUUUUUGAAGUUGAAUUGGUUAAAGUCAGGUAAUCGGUUGGCUUCAUAAGCCAGUUUUGUUGAGGCAUACAUACACCUUGCCGAGUAAAUGACCUUUUGGAGAUCACAUCUCAGAGUUUUAACUUUUUGUU